GGUCUCUGCACUGACAUGCGAAAUACCUGAGUUACUUACAGUGUGUGAUAGACAACAUUCCUUUCUUCAGAUGAAGAAUCUUUUCCCGAUCCUGGAAUUUUAAACAUUUCAUGAUCACCGUGUUAGACCUUUUUCCUGGAGUAAUUUUAGUCUCCUGGCCUUUGGAGGGCCUUUCAGAUCAAUAACAGCUAUCUUGACUACAGCAGUUUCAACAACCACACCUCAACAAAACAGAAUUUAUGAAAGAAACCUCCCAGUAUUAGACUUGUUCCAGAUCUUUGACGAUUGUCUGCUCUGAAGUUAAGGUCUGAUGUCAAGAAAAUCUUCAAAAACAUGUUCAAAAUAGCUGAUAUUUACCAAUAAAAUCAUAAACAUAAUUUAAGCAAUUUUUUUCCUUCAGAAAAGAAAAAGGGGAACUAUUUGGAAGAUCAGUAUAUUAGGCCACGGACUAAUGAUUAAACAGUGUCCAUGACAACAGGAAAGUUAAGAAUGUUUAAAUAUAAGGAAAAAAAAUCGCUAGUAGCGGACUUUAUAUAUAUAUAUGUCACAAGGUGCCGCUGUUGACUAAAAAUACGUUUUCAUAGAAAGGGAAAUAUACAGCUCCUCCCCCCCAUCCCCAUACUAAAAUCUGCAGCAAAUCAGAUAUUCACCAGCAUUGCCUGACAUUGGACUUGAAUUAAACCUCUACAUAGACGUGGACCGAUAUAUUAAAGCAUACUUAUUAUCUGGCAAACCUGGGAUUUUAUUGGAUAAGCGACACUGCCGGGUGUCUGCGAUGGCUUUUCUCCGGCGAGACUCCCUGGUAACCAAGCAGCUGCUGCGGCUGGUUCUGUUGCACACGGCCUGGGAGGUGGGCAGCGGCCAGGUCCGUUAUUCCGUGCCGGAGGAAUCCAAACACGGCACCUUUGUGGGCCGUCUGGCCCAGGACCUGGGGCUGGAGGCGGCGGAGCUGGUGUCUCGGAUGUUCCGGAUGGUCUCCAACGGCAGGAGAGACUAUUUUGAGGUAAAUUUGCAGAGCGGCGUUUUGUUUGUUAAUUCGCGACUAGACAGGGAAGAGCUGUGCGGCCAGAGCCCCCUGUGCGCCAUUGACCUGGAGGUGAUAGUGGACAAACCCCUGAGGAUAUUUCACGUGGAACUGGAGAUACAGGAUAUAAAUGACAACGCUCCUGUGUUCCCUGAAAGUAAAGAAAAUCUGUUUAUUUUAGAAUCGAGAUUCCCCAACUCACGUUUCCCACUAGAGGGCGCUUCAGACGCAGAUAUUGGAACAAACUCUCUGCUAACCUAUAAACUCAGCCCAAGCGAACAUUUUACUGUAGACGUGCGAAGGAAUGAUGAAAAAAGUAAAUCGUUAGUCCUUGUAUUAAGUAAACCACUGGACAGAGAGGAAACCCCUGAGCAUCGUUUAUUACUCACUGCCACAGACGGGGGCAAACCGGAGCUCACCGGCACAGUUCAGCUGGUGAUCACGGUGCUAGAUGUGAAUGACAACGCGCCUGAAUUUAAUCAGUCACUUUAUAAAGUCCUGUUACUAGAAAAUGCUCCAAACGAAUCACUAGUAAUUAAACUCAACGCUACAGAUUCGGAUGAGGGAAUAAAUAAGGAUAUUAUAUAUUCAGUUCGCAGUGUCACUCCGCUCACUGAAAGCUCCAUGUUUAGCAUAGAUUCAAAGAGUGGUGAACUGAGAGUGAAUGGAAAACUGGACUUCGAAGACACUAGUUUACACGAGAUUCAAAUCGAGGCUACAGAUAAAAAUCCGCAUCCAUUGGCUGGGCACUGCAAUGUUUUGGUGGAAGUGUUAGACGUGAACGAUAACUCCCCUGAGCUGGCCGUGACUUCCCUUUCCCUGCCGGUACCGGAGGACGCUCCUCCGGGGACAGUGGUGGCUCUGAUUAGCGUCUCUGACCGGGACUCGGGAGACAACGGCAAAGUCACCUGCUCCAUCCCCCCGAACCUGCCCUUUCGGCUCGUCUCCACCUUUAAGAAUUAUCACUCGCUGGUGCUGGCGGAGGCCGUGGAUCGGGAGCGAGUGUCUGAAUAUAAGCUCGUGGUGACAGCCAGAGACGAAGGGGCCCCGUCUCUGUCGGCCAGCAGCAGCAUUUUGGUGCCGAUCGCGGAUGUGAACGACAACGCCCCAGCGUUCCCUCAGCCCGUUUACACGGUGUUUGUGAAGGAAAACAACCCGCCCGGGGCCCAUCUCUUGACCGUGUCUGCCUCGGACCCGGACCUGAGGGAAAACGCCUUUGUGAGCUACUGGGUGGUGGAGCGAAGUGUGGGAGAGCAGCCCCUGUCCAGCUACAUCUCGGUGCACUCGGAGAGCGGGCACAUCUAUGCCCUGCAGCCCUUUGACUACGAGGAGCUGCAAGUGCUGCAGUUCCAGGUGAGCGCGAGGGACGCCGGGUUGCCGUCGCUGUGCGGGAACGUGACUGUGCAGCUCUUUGUGCUGGAUGCAAAUGACAACGCGCCCGCAGUGUCCCCGGCCGGCUCCGUCGGCGGCUCGCUAGGGCCCGAGCUGGUUCCGCUGUCGGCCGGCGCAGGGCACGUGGUGGGCAAGAUCCGAGCGGUGGAUGCGGAUUCCGGCUACAACGCCUGGCUUCGCUACGAAGUGCAGGAGCCCGGGGCUGCGGGGCCUUUCCGGGUGGGUGUGUACAGCGGGGAGAUCAGCACGACGCGGGCCUUGGAGGAGGCGGACGGCCCCAGCCAGAGACUCGUGAUCCUGGUGAAGGACCAUGGGGAGCCGUCGCUGUCAGCGACAGCCACUGUCAGCCUGUCCCUGGUGGAGAGUCCCCAGGCUGUGAAAUGGGACUCGAGGCCAAGGGGCGGGAGCGACGGGCCCUUGGUUGACAUGAACGUGUCUUUAAUGAUCGCCAUUUGCUCGGUGUCCGGGCUGUUUGUGCUGGUGAUUGUCGUGUACGUUGGCCUGAGAUGCCGCCCGGGUCCGGAAGUGAUGUGCGGGCCUGGGAAAGCCACCGUGGUGUGCGCGAGCGAGGUGGGGAGUUGGUCCUAUUCCCAGCGCCAGAGCCGGAACUUGUGUGUAGGGGAAGGCACCGCCAAGAAUGACCUCAUGGUUUUCAGCCCCAACUUCCCUUCCUCUUCGAAGAUUGCGGGGAACUGGAAACGGGAGCAGCUAAUCUGUGAUGGACAGCCAAAACAACCCAAUCCUGACUGGCGUUAUUCUGCAUCCCUAAGAGCAGGAAUACAAAGUGCUGUGCACAUGGAGGAUGCAGGAGUCUUACGAGGAGGGCCAGGAGGACCUGAACAGCUGUGGCCAACAGUAUCCAGUGCAACACCAGAACCUGAGGCAGGAGAGGUGUCCCCCCCAGUGGGAGCUGGUGUGAACAGCAACAGCUGGACCUUUAAAUAUGGACCUGGCAAUCCCAAACAAGCUGGUCCUGGUGAGUUGCCAGACAAAUUCAUUAUCCCGGGAUCUCCUGCGAUCAUCUCCAUCCGGCAGGAACCACCAAACAGCCAAACUGACAAAAGUGACUUCAUAACCUUUGGCAAGAAGGAGGAGACCAAGAAAAAGAAGAAAAAGAAGAAGGGAAACAAGACUCAGGAGAAAAAAGAAAAGGGGAACAGCACCACUGACAACAGUGACCAGUGAGGGGUUUAUACUGUCAGAACCCACUUAGCCAUUUUUUUUAAUAUUGGCAGAUCUCUCCUAUGUAGCAACUCCCAACUUCUUCCUACUGUUAACAAAUUUCCUGUAUAUAUAGACUUCAGAAAUCAGCAGGAAGUUCACAGUGUCUAUCUAGAUUGCUUAACAGGUUUUGUCUUGAAAGCUUUAUUAAGUCUGGUGUUAACUUUUUUUCUCCACUCUGGCUUGUUUUCAGACUCUAAAAAGCAGACACAAGUUUCCUUUCUCCUACGCCGAAAAGGAGAAUCUUCACAGUACAGCCAGUGAGAGGUUGGACUCUCUGCAUUGUGAUUCCUGUGAUCCUGUCUUGAUGACACUUACAGGACAAGUUUAAAAGUUUUAAUAUUGUGCACCCUGUGUCUGAUUGGAAACAUUUGUGUGCAGAUGUGAGCUAGGUGAUACAAGAUCAGAUUAUAAAUGCAAGAAGAGCUGGUAAAAUAUGAACAACAAAGGAAACACCUAAUGAAUGUAGUGGUGAGAGAUGUUCAGGCUGGGGAGGAAAUGUCUCAAGGGAGAUGACCAGAUUUUUUGAAUAUAGAUACUAGCUGUGUGGAAUACUGAGUCUUUUGCAUGACGUAUUGUACACACUCCAGGAAAGAAAAGCUCACAUUUACAGCUCUUUAAGAUACCAUAAAGUAUAACUCUCACCAAGCCAUUGGCUAUAUUGUCAUUAUAAGUCCUGAUUAUCCUAGUAAGGAUGUCCCUCAAAGUGAGACAACAAGGGAUGGGCUGACAUCUAGGGAACAUAACUGACUGUGAUGUUUCCUGUACAUCCCUGUUUCCAGUCUAUUUAACAUUCUUUUGCACUUAAUGUCUCUGAAAAGGUCAGAGUAUUUUCCACAACAGAUAUGCAAAAGUGAGAAAAAAGAAACACAUUAUCUAUGCUUUUUGUUAUUUGAUAUAUUUAUUUAUAAAGAAAAUAUAGCUGUAAAUGUUAAAGAAAUAUGAUGCCCUUUAACCCAAACAGAAGUCAAUCUACAGCUACUAGAAAUUAUAAUUGCUGCUAUUAAAGUGCUUUAGAAAAAAUGCCUGAAACACCUGUAUUAUAUCGGCCACUUGCCAAUCACAGCUUUAUUCUGUUGGGUCACUCGGGCGCUGCCUCUUGCAUGUAUUAAUAAAUACAAGAAUAUAAUUUUUUGCAUUAAUCUGCACUUUGAAUACACAACAUUUGCAAACAAACUGUCCUAAUAUAAAGAAGCAGAAGCAAACUAUUUCUCACACAAGAUCUACUAACCUGCUAGCUCUGUGCAGUGUCUUGGUGUUAUCUCCCACACAACCUUUUUGGGUUUUAGUUUUACUUUUCAAUGAGGUUAUGAAUUGCUGACCCUAUUAACACUCAUUAUGUAAAAUUCAAGUACUGUAUGUAUGCUGUAUGCUCUUAUAAGAAUCCUGAAAUAUUUAUUCUGUGCUUGUGUAUGUGAAUGUCAAUGGAACUAUUACCUAGAGUGGACUUUAAGCUUUAUUGUUGAAUGUAAAUCCAUUCUUUCUUUUUUGUACACUUGUGGAAAAGUGGAGUAGUGUUAAUUUUUUAAGCCACUGUUGGUUAUCGGUUUUUGUGUAUGAAACACAAGUAAAAUAUCUUUCUUAAA